AUGACGAAAUUGGGAAGACGCAACGACGGAGGAGGAAAAAGCCACCGUAGCUCAACGAAGAGGCAACGGCGUACUUCUGUUUCCGUCGACGACCCUAGUCCCGGGGAAGAAGAAGAGAAAACCCUUGUGGUGCUUACCGAUGAUAGCGAUUCUGAGGAGGAUGAUAAACCGCUCGGAGAUGUUCUUCGAACAUGCAGAAAACGGAGGGUUUCAUCACCCAAAUCCGUAACUCUCCCGAAUUCGAAUGUUCUUGAAUGUCCCAAUUGCUUCGACCCAUUGAAAAAACCAAUCUUUCAGUGUAAUAAUGGGCAUCUAGCGUGUUUCUUGUGCUGCAUCAAAUUGAAGAAGAGAUGCUCGUUCUGCAAAUUGCCUAUAGGGGAUGUUCGAUGCAGAGCCAUGGAGAAGGUUAUAAAAGCAGGGUUAGUCUCAUGUUCAAAUGCAAUAUACGGGUGUAAACAGAGCACCACGUAUGGAAAUCAACUGCAAAGCCAUGAGAAAGUUUGUGUUUUUGCGCCAUGUUCAUGUCCCAUAAAAGAUUGUAACUACAUUGGCUUCUACAAGGAUCUCAUCAACCACUUUCGCGCUACACACAAAGUGAGUCCGGGUGAUAUCAACUCGUUUGUGUUCGACCGUCCUGUAAUCUUUGGCUUGGAUCUGGACAGCAGUGAUAAGAUGGUCAUUUUUGUAGAAGAGAAACAAGGGAAUCUGUUUGUAGUUCAAGGUUUCAUCGGAUCACACGGGGUGUAUGCGACGGUCAGCCAUAUUGCACCUAUGGUUCCCGAAGUGCGCAAAUUCUCCUGCAGUCUAGCUAGACUCAGACCGUAUAGCACACUAAGACUUGGAUUGGAGGUGAAGAAUAUACAGAAAUUGAGAUCUCAAGAAGAGCAGCCUCAGGAGGACUUCUUGUUGAUUCCAUCUUAUAUGGUGAAUGGUGAUCACAUGAAGAUGGAGAUUUCCAUUGGCGAUAAAAAUGACUAUACUCAUAUCUGAGAUAUGUUAGGUCAGUAGAAGUAGAUGGAGUUAGAAGUUUAGUUUUGUCGUUAGAUCAUAUCAUUGGGACUCUAGUAGAGUUUUCCAAUAUUGAAAUUUUUCUUUUUUUUUUUGGAGAAUUCCAAAUCUGUUGAAACGCAAUGAUCAUCAUGUAACUUUCCUUAUUGUUAGCCCUAAACUAAAUAGUUUUACAGUC